GUGCAGGAUCCUUCCGGGAGCCACACAGCAGGCUUGGUUUUGCAGAGGAGCUGGCGCCAGUGUUUUCCUGUGCUGUGCUGUGAGCACUGCAGCAGGGAGCUGUGAGGGGGCCAUGGGCAAGCUGGGAAGCCAUAGCAUGAAUGCAGUGACCUAUGAUGAUGUGCAUGUCAACUUCACUUGGGAAGAGUGGACUUUGCUGGAUCCUUCCCAGAAGAAUCUCUACAAAGAUGUGAUGCUGGAGACCUACUGGAACCUCACUACUGUAGGAUACAGUUGGGAAGACCAUAAUAUUGAAGAACAUUGUCAAAGUUCUAGAAGACAUGAAAGGCAUGAAAGAAGUAGUAGUGGAGAGAAGCCUUCUGUAUAUACUCAAUGUGUUAAAGCCUUUGCAUUUGACAGUCAUCUUCAAAGGCAUGAAAGAACACAUAUUGGUGAGAAACCCUAUGAAUGUAAUCAAUGUGGUAAAGCCUUUGCACAUAACAGGAAUCUCAGAAUACAUGAAAGAACACAUACUGGAGAGAAACCCUAU